AUGCAUAUACAACCAAACAGGCUGGUUUCCUACGCACUUCCCGACUACAGACAAUUGAAGAAGACGUUGGGAUUUUCUGAAGACACGUAUUUAAACUUUACUGAACUAACCUCUAAAUACGGAUACAAGUCAGAGGAACACACAGUGAGCACAGAAGACGGGUAUCUGUUGACCGUUUUCAGAUUACUUCCGAAAUGUAAUCAAAGACAAAGAUUCCCUGUCAUUCUAGCACAUGGUAUCUAUGAUAGUUCUGAUGCAUGGAUCCUCACCGGCCCACAAACAGGACUUGGUUAUAUAUUGGCAACCAAAUGUUAUGACGUGUGGGCAGCUAAUCUCAGGGGCAACGUUUACUCCCGCAAGCACAUACGACUAGAUCCAGACAAAGAUCCAGAGUAUUGGGAAUUUUCCUUCGACGAAAUUGGUCGUUUCGAUUUACCGGCUAUAAUUGAUUACGUAUUAGGUAUAACGGCGCAAUCGAAGACCUAUUAUAUCGGUCACUCUCAAGGUUCGACAGACUUCUUCGUCAUGGGAUCACUAAGACCUGAAUAUAACGACAAAAUCCGACUGUCUAUUCUAUUAGCUCCUGUUGCGUGGAUGAAAAACUUGAAGAGUGUAAUACCAAAGAUAAUCGCUCGUCAAACCAAGAACAUUAAAGACUUUCUUUAUACUGUAGGAUUUAGAGAGUUGUUUGCUAAGCAACAGUUGAUACACGCUAUAUCAGAAAUAUUAUGUCAAUAUUUCCCGCAAGAAGUGUGCGGUACCGCGUUAGCUUUGACAACAGGUUAUGUCAGAGGAAGCAUAACAUCAAAGAAUUUGGCAGUCGUUAUUGGUCAUCUUUUAGUUGGUGUGUCGGUUAAGACACUAGCUCAUUUCGGUCAAUUAAUUGUUUCUCAAAAAUUCCAACGUUUUGACGAAGGUAAAGAAAUCAAUAUCAAAACGUAUGGUACAGUAACACCUCCGCAAUAUAACGUAUCCCUAAUCACAUCUCCUAUAGUACUGGUUUGUGCGGAAAAUGAUUGGGUAUCGAGUCUAAGAGAUAUCAAUAUUUUGCAAUCCAGAUUGCCCAACGUAGUUGAAAAAUAUAUAGUGCCUGAGCCUACUUGGAGUCAUAAUAAUCAUUUGUGGGGCGUUAAUGCGACGGAAUAUGUAUUUGACAAAAUUUUAAAUUACUUCGAUAAAUUUGAUACUUGA